CAUUGAGAAAAAAAGGAAAGAGUACUAGUUGCUACCUACUAAUUCAUAAUUCAUUCUCUUGAGUAUCACACAUGGGUGGUGAGAAAGACUUAUAUCAAUAUAUAAGUCUAUGGGCUACUUUCUUCGUUGUCAAUUAAUUUUGAGGUGGAACCCGAUUUACUUCUAUACAUUCAUCUUCCCCCACCAAUUCUUUGCUUUCCCUCUCCAUAUACUUCAUACUCCCCACACACACAGUCACACACUUAACCCAAAAGAACACAACAAAAAUUCAAAAUUCAGCUGGGAAGAACAAAGAUCAAAGAGAUUGCAAAAUCUAGGAAAAAAAAAAUGGGAAAUGGGUUUCAACACCGUAACCCUCCUCCUCAUCCUCAUCACCACCACCACCAAGAAAGCCUCUACAACAAGAACAGUACAUUUCUGCCAUUACUCUGCCGACUUUCAAUCAGAGAUGUCAGGCUCGGCGGCGGAGGAGAUUACAAAGAUCGUUCAACUUCUUCUUCCUCCUCCUUAUCUGAUGAUCCUUCUUCUCCAAAAGUUAGCUGUAUGGGCCAUGUGAAGAAAAACCCCCACCAAUUCAUCGAUUUCUCAACGCCGUAUAGGCUCACCGCCGCCGCCGCCACCACCACCGCCACCGCCAUGAUUAAAUCAUCAAAACCCAGUUCAAAUCGAGGGCCCUUUCAGUAUACCAAGCUCAAGAGAUUCUUCUCUGGGAAAAAUCUUCUGACUACUAGUAGCGUUACUACAACCGCCGCAGCCGCCACCACCACCGCGACUGCGUCCCAAGUCGGAAGAAGCAGGAGUUGCAGGGAGAUAGUCCUGAGGAGAAGCGGUUCGAGAAGAUCAUCCAAAAUCAAUAACGACGACGGCGGCGGCGAUAUUACCUACGGUAAUAAUGAUUUGAAGAAAUUGAAUAUCAGUGAACUGGAUCCGCCAUUGCCGGUGCCGAAGAAAGCGGCACAACCGCCGUCGGAGACCAAUAAUCUGUGGAAGAGAAGAUCCGGCGGGAUGACGACGUUGAGAAGCUUACAGAUUCAACAGAUUCAUGUACCUAACAACAACCACAACCAAAUGCAUGAUCAGCCAGCUGCUACAACUGUAUAAUUGGAUUUUGGAGGGACCUGAUUUCCCGAAAUUUCAAUUAUUCACAGGUAUUAUUAGUAUUAUUUUUGAAAAUAAUAAUUUUGUAAAUUAUUUAUUUUUUUAUAUAGUUUUUAAUUUUUGCUUAUAGAUAGAUACGACAGUGUAAUUUGGAUUCCAACUAAUCUUGGUUAUCCAAGUUCUUUCUAUUUUAAAUAUUAAUAUAUUUUACUCCCUCCGGUCCUUAAUAUAAGGCAUUUUGAUAUUAUUUUAGGUUUCACCCAGUACGUAUUUUUAAUUGACGAAAAAAUUUUAAAAAUAUAUUUUCACAUUUGUUAUAUUCUCUUGAUU